GUAUCAAAGACUAUCGGUAUCUGAGCGCUCUUUUCUUUUCACUUGAAAAACAAGCGGACAACGAUCAAUAAUGAAUUUAGAGCUUCUUGAGUCCUUUGGCCAAAACUUUCCUGAGGAAAGUGAUGGCACCCUGGACUGUAUCAGUAUGGCUCUGACGUGUGCCUUCAACAAACGAGGGACCCUCCUUGCUGUGGGGUGCAAUGAUGGUCGGGUGGUGAUCUGGGACUUCCUGACGAGGGGUAUCGCUAAGAUCAUCAGUGCUCACGUUCACCCUGUCUGCUCUCUCAGCUGGAGUAGGAACGGACACAAGUUACUGAGUGCCUCCACAGAUAACAUGGUAUCUGUAUGGGACGUGUCGACUGGUGAUUGCGAGCAGAGGCAUCGCUUUCCUUCACCGGUCUUACGGGUUCAGUUCCACCCAAGAAACAGGAACCAGGCUUUGGUGUGUCCCUUGAAGUAUGCACCAGUCUUAUUAGAUCUUGAUGGCUCAUAUAAUGUAGUUCCAUUGGAUGAUGAUUUUGAUACCACUAUUGUAGCAUCAUUUGACAGAAAGGGAGAUCAUGUCUAUGCUGGCAACGCCAAAGGAAAGGUCAUAGUAAUUCAUGCAGGAACCCGUAAGCUGGUAGCUUCAUUCAAAGUCACAACUGGAACAAGUAAUACCACAGCUAUCAAGUCUAUUGAAUUUGCAAGAAGGGGAAAUUGUUUCUUAGUGAAUUCGGCAGACAGGAUCAUCCGAGUGUAUGAGAGUGGUGAGGUACUCGCCUGCGGGAAGAACGGGGAGCCUGAACCCAUCCAGAAACUCCAGGAUCUUGUCAACAGAACACCCUGGAAGAAAUGCUGCUUCUCAGGGGACGGAGAAUACAUUGUUGGAGGUUCGGCUAGGCAGCAUGCUCUCUACCUUUGGGAGAAGAAAUUUGGCUCCCUUGUUAAAAUCCUUCACGGUACAAGAGGAGAGUUGCUAUUGGACGUCGUUUGGCAUCCUGUUCGACCAAUCAUAGCCUCUGUAUCAAGUGGUGUAGUGUCAGUGUGGGCCCAGAACCAAGUGGAAAAUUGGAGUGCCUAUGCACCAGACUUCAAGGAGUUAGACGAGAAUGUUGAAUAUGAAGAGAGGGAGAGUGAGUUUGACAUCGAAGAUGAAGACAAAUCGGUAGAAGACCCUACAGAAACUAACAAUGUGGAAGAUGUGGAGGUGGAUGUCUUAACAGUGGAACCUAUCUCAGCAUUCAUUAGCAGUGAUGAGGAGGAGGAGCCUAAGAAUGUUCUUCUCUACCUCCCUACGGCUCCUGAUGUUGAGGAUACAGAGGACCAAUCAUGGGCUCCCAAUGCUGAUCCGACGGAUGAGCCGCCCCCAACUGAAGCUCCUAAGCGGCCGAUCGCCCAGGAACCUCCCAUGGUUUCACCCAAGAAGAGGAAAGUCAAGACCCAUGAUAUCAACCUCAAGGGAGCGCCAGCAGAUGAUAUCCAUCCACUAUUAGGAGGAAACAAGAGCGAAGGCAAGACACGCAAGAAGGCUGUAGGUCCGGGCAAGUCAACGAAAGAAGGUCGUAGCACCAAGCACAGGAGAUCAAGACACAGGGAUGAUUCGGAUUAGAGCAGUGUGUAGAAAGAUAUUCAACUCCUUGUAUGAAAUUUGUAAAAUAUGUAGAUAUGCUUGUAAAGUAUUGUUAUGUAUCCAUUUAUGUGGAAUAAUGAGCCAGUUGUAUGGCCAUGUAGUGGUACAGGAUUGUAAGGGCGGCUUCAGGAUUAUGAAAAGGAGGGGGGGGGCAAAAUUAAGACAAUCAACAAACUUCUUUUUAGUAUACUUCAGGAAUGACAUAUUGUGUUUAACUGGGGGCUUGGGCAGUUGUGCCCCAACCCCUUUAAAUUUGCUACUGUAUCUUUGUAUUUACAUAUUCUGGCACUUUGGUUUAAUAAGCAGAAGUAGCUACCAAAUAGUUGAUAAUGAGAAUAUCAAAGUAGAUGUUUCUUGUAGCAAAGUCAAAAUAUGUGGAUUAACAAUCCAUAUGCCAUCAUGAGAGGGAACAAAUUUAAGUGAACUCAGACUUGUUUCUAUGAUUUAAAAAGGAUUAAACAGAUUUGAUACUACAUUUGUUGUAACAUUAUUGCUGGUUGUCCUUUUCCAUUUCAAGUCUGGAAAAUGUCGAUCAUUGUAUACAUGAAUUCUAUUGAAAAUUGGAAGUGGAUGUCUUACAUUUUUUCUUUCAAAUUAUCACAAAUCCUUUAAAAUCUAGCUACUUAUAUAUCACAAUCUAAAUUACAUUCAUUAUAAUGUAGAUGUAGAUACAUGUGUAUUGAGAAAGCAGCUAUAAAUGAACCAAUCGUGAAGAAUGCGAUGUGUACCAUAAUACUCAUGGCUUCACUUUUAACAGCCUCAACAGUAUCUUGAAACUAUAGGCCUAAUGGUGAACAAUGAGUUUUAGUUAGUUCGACAUGCAAAAGGUACAAACAUAGUUUGACAAUGUAAUCUUUAAUUUCUUCUUCAGGAAUAUAAAGGCUAUGUUACAUGACCAUGGGAAUAAAUGACACAAACUUAUUUAAAUGUUUAGUUUGUUUAUUAUUUUAUUAAAAAAAGGUAACAAGUAGCACAUUUUAUAAAUAAUGGUUGACAUAAAAUCCAGUGUUGUUCAAUGCAUAUAUUUUCCUGGUCGAUUAGAAUAGUCUGUGUUUGGUAUCUCUACAAUCUUCUGCCAAGCAACGAUACAUUGUUAAGUAUGUAUUACCGGAGCAGAAUCAAAGUCAUAAUUGAAUAUGAAUAACAAGUGCAGAAACAACCCAAAGAAUUGAUAUGCAAAGUAAAUAAUCACAAACCUGUUGAUGAAUAAGUACAUGCAAAUAAAGUACAUGUACUUGGUAACACUUGCUGCAACUUAGUAUUGGUCACUCGUUUAUAAAGUACCUAUUUUUGGUCCCUCGGGUUUAUUUGAUCAAUGCCUUCAUAUAUAACUAUAUUUGAAGUCUUAGUAAGUUCUGCCCUCAGUAAUGAAUAUAUAGUAGUAGUCUCUUGCCUAUUCAAUAAGUCUACAUAAACAAAUUUGUAAUUUAUAAACAAAAGUCUUGAAUGAUAGAGGCAUUUCAAUAGAAUCAUAAUACUGUUUGUGUACAUAAUGCCACCUGUAUGAUUCAGUGUACAUGUAUGUCAUGCACAAUGUACUUGGUAUGAUAUAGGGUACAUGUACAUGUAAUAUCGUAAUGCACUGUAUAACACUGUGCCAUGUAAGUACCAUCAAUUCAGAGCAAAAGGGCGUUAACUCUUAUACAGAGUCAAUGGCCUUCUUGCUCCACACAUACGAUACAAGGGUAAACUUUACACUGUACGCUCCACUCAGCAAUGCCGCAAUAAUUUUUUUCAAAUAAACAAUGGUUAGCUGUACAGCAAGCCACAAUUUUUCUUCUGUACCGCAUGGAUUGUAAAUACAUGUAUACAACUGUACAAAUAAAUGAUGUAAACAGUGCAAAAUUA